CCGAAAAGGAAACAGAUGAGGAGGAGGAAGAAGAUUAUUAUUAUUAAUAAUAAUAAUAAUAGAUACAUUUGUAUGUUAGAGUCGCACUGUAAAGUGUGCCAACUAGCUAAUGAUAGUCUACGAUCAACGUUAGUUAUUCUAGGAUUAGAAGAGCAUUUUCAUUCACAGAAUGAGAAGAGUAACACUUUUUGUGAACGGAACUUCCAAAAAUGGCAAGGUUGUAGCUGUGUAUGGGACCUUGGCUGACCUGUUAUCUGUAGCUAGCAAUAAGUUGGGAAUCAAAGCCUGUAAUUUAUACAAUGGAAAAGGUGGUCUUAUAGAUGACAUAGCACUCAUCAGGGAUGAUGAUGUUUUGUAUGUCUCAGAGGGAGACCCCUUUGUUGACCCACAGAAUGCUGUUAGGGUUACAGACGAUCAGCUUGGGGCACACACUGACUGGCUGACCCUUAAUAUUGGGGGUCGUCUCUUCACCACCACACGAAGCACCCUGGUUAGCAAAGAGCCAGAGAGCAUGCUUGCGCACAUGUUCCGGGAGAAAGAUGUAUGGGGUAACAAGCAGGAUGAACGUGGUGCUUACCUUAUUGAUCGCAGCCCAGAGUAUUUUGAGCCUAUUCUUAAUUAUCUGAGACAUGGCCAGCUCAUUAUCAAUGAAGGAAUCAAUUUACUUGGGGUUUUGGAAGAGGCUCGAUUUUUUGGAAUAGAGCAGCUUGCUGAGCAAUUGGAAGUGUCAAUAAAGAAUAACCAGCCUCCUGAAGACCAUUCUCCUAUCUCUCGAAAGGAAUUUGUUCGAUUUCUGCUGGCUACCCCCACCAAAUCAGAGCUCCGUUGUCAGGGUCUUAAUUUCAGUGGUGCUGAUCUUUCUCGCCUCGAUUUACGCUACAUCAACUUCAAAAUGGCCAACUUGAGUCGCUGCAAUCUGAGUCAUGCUAACCUAUGCUGUUCAAACCUGGAGCGGGCUGACCUUUCUGGGGCCAACCUUGAUGGUGGUAACUUGCAGGGUGUCAAGAUGCUCUGUUCAAAUGCUGAGGGGGCAUCUCUUAAAGGAUGCAAUUUUGAGGACCCAUCUGGAUUAAAGGCUAACUUGGAAGGUGCCAAUCUGAAAGGUGUUGACAUGGAAGGAAGUCAAAUGACUGGGAUUAACCUGCGUGUGGCCACCCUAAAAAAUGCUAAGCUGAAGAAUUGUAACCUGCGGGGUGCAACUUUGGCAGGAACUGAUCUUGAGAACUGUGAUCUCUCUGGUUGUGACCUUCAAGAGGCCAACUUGAGAGGGUCAAAUGUGAAGGGUGCUAUUUUUGAAGAGAUGCUGACUGCAUUGCACAUGUCUCAGAGUGUCAGGUAAUUCUUCACCUCAACCAUGCACAUUCCUCUUGGGCUCCGGUUGAUUAACCUCAUGGACGCCUGGCAACGGUCUUCAUUUGCCAGCCAAUCAAGCUUUCUGGACCCUUAUGCAAUACAGGUAGUUUUAUGCACAUCCCUGGCAUUCCACCUGGUAAACUAGCUUUAAAUCUCUUGCACUAGAUCAUACCCAGGGUUAUCCGUUUCUGUUACAGUAUGUAGUGUUAUUGUCUUAUUUUUCCCCAAAACCAAAAUAAAAUUAUUUAUGUAGCUUAUCCAGAGUAGAUUCUAAUGUAUGAGUUUAGGGUUUGUAGAUGUAUACAAACCUUCUUGAUGUUUGAACAUCAAAGAUUAUCAAAGUGCAUUUAAGUUUUAAGUAAAGAUGAAUGGCCCUUAAUACUGUGGUAUAGCGUAGGCAUGAUGUGUGACUGUACAAAAUGGAAUAUGAAAAGAUAUGCUUUAUGAUUUUCUAAACCAAAGCCAUACUGUGGCAUGAUGAAAAUGGCCAAAUAAUUUGCUGUUUCUGUACCACACAAUUAUGCUGUGGAUUACAUUUAUGACUCUAUGUUCAACAGAAUUUCAAGUAUGCAAUGAAAUAUUUUCCUUGAAUAUUGCUGAAGAUAAGAUGUCUGAUUUCUAUUUGGUGUUCUCUAUGAACCUACCUCCUGAUUUGUUUUGCCCUUUCUGAUCAAUCUAUAGUUGCAUGCAUUUCACUGUGUGUGGCUCCUUGUCAAUCUAUAACAUUUUAUUAAUCAUAUCCAAAUAAAGUUAAAAUGUA